AGUAGUCACGGCUUCACUCCCUUAUGACUAUGAAGAGGAUGAAAAUUAUCAGAGUAUGAAAAAUUUCGAAAUUCUGAUCGUACUAUCUUUGGCAAUCGGAUUACUGGCUAUUGAAUUAACCGGAUUUAUUUUUGGGUUAUCAAUGUUCAUGCCAGCUGCCUCUGUUCUAUCCAUAGGAUGUCACGCAUCAGCUGCCAUAGCUCUGUCCUAUGCUCUGUUCGACAGCUGGGAUAGCUCUAUCUACUGGACAGUAUUCGCUCUCUUUUCAGUGCCUCCUGGAUUGGUUGAAGUUAUAAAUGCAGUCAACAUAUUGGUGCUAAAACGCGUCUAAACCAGUCGCCAUUUUGUGUCCAAUUUGAAAGGACUUGGUUCAUUAACUAACAAAGUAUUAUUAUCUAUAAAUAUUAUGUGAUCGAUCAUCUCUUCAACAAAUUCAACUAACUGUUAAUUUUCUGUCUCUAAUUUGAAAGGACUUUGUAAAACAGGUCUGAAUAGUCGCCAUUUUGUGUCCAAUUUGAAAGGACUUGGUUCAUUAACUAAAAAAGUAUGUUUAUCUUUAAAUAUUAUGUGAUCGAUCAUCUCUUCAACAAAUUCAACUAACUGUUAAUUUUGUGUCUCUAAUUUGAAAGGACUUUGUAGAACGCAUCUAUUACAGUCGCCAUUUUGUGUCUAAUUUGAAAGGAAUUUGUUCGUUUACUAACAAUGUAUUUUUAUCGAUAAAUAAUAUGUGAACAAAGAGUUAAUUUGUCAAUAAAUAUUUUGUAAUCUAAUAGGAAGGAAUUGGCUUUUAAUUUUACGGGAUAAGAGAUGAUAUUUAAGGAUUAUUUUGUGUGUAACUGAA